CUGAGCAGCUAUAAAAGGGCUUCCUGGAAAACAAAAACCAAAAAUAACAUGUGUCCCAACUCACAUGGUUCUAUCCUACCAGAGCGAGGAAGAUCACACACUGGCACAUACUGAAACUGCAAGAGUGGACACGACAUUCUGAAAAGUCGUUGAACCCUGAGCUCUCUUGCAGUACAAAGGAAGCCAUGCAGGAUGAAGACGGAUACGUCACCUUAAAUGUUAAAACUCGAAAGCCAGCUCUCACCUCAGUUGAGCCUGCUCCCUCCCCCUGCUGGCGUGUGGUGGCUUUGAUUCUGCUGGUCUUGUGCAUGGGGAUGGUCGUUGGCAUGGUGGCUCUGGGGAUUACGUCUGUCACGCAACAAAAUUACCUACAAGCUCAGAAUGAAAAUCUGUCAGGAACUCUACAACAAUUAGCAAAGCAUGUCUGCCAAAAUCUAUUGAAGCAAUUGGAAAAAGAGGGCACUUUCAGCCAUAAAUGCAGCCCCUGUGACACAAACUGGAGAUAUCAUGGAGACAGUUGCUACGGAUUCUUCAGGCGCAACCUGACGUGGGAAGAGAGUAAGCAGUACUGCGCUGACGUGAAUGCUACUCUCCUGAAGAUUCCCAACUGGAACAUUCUGCAAUACCUCAAAGCCAGGACUAGUUUAAUUCGUUGGAUUGGAUUAUCCCGCCAGAACUCUCAUGGCGCCUGGAUGUGGGAAGAUGGCUCAGUUCUCUCCAAAAAUAUGUUUGAACUUUCUGGAGAUGGAAAAGAAAAUAUGAAUUGCGCUUAUUUUCAUAAUGGGAAGAUAUACCCUACUUUCUGUAAGAACAAACUUUAUUUAAUGUGUGAGAGGAAGGCUGGCAUGGCAAAACUCGAUCAACUACUUUAAUGCAAAGAAAUGGACGUGACAUCACAGACAAGUGCUUGACUAUACAAUAAAAGAUCUAGAUGGAGAAGUCCCUAGCCAGAAAAUUGCUUUUUCACCCCUUCUUCUCUUUGGAAUCAUUUUUUAUAUUAACUUUACUAGCAAAACCACUUACCUAGUCCCUUCUUUGAACAUCCAGAAACCAAUAUGCAAGUUCAUAUUUUGCUUCCAAUUACUCUAUUUUCCAUUAAUUUUCUUUCUUCUUGUCUUUUGUUCCUAAUUAUAGAAACAUAGAAUGAUUCAUUGCAUCUUCUGAUAUACACAUAUAAAAUUAAAAUCAGUUACAGUUCAGUUUUAUAUAAAAAAAAAUUAAAAAAUAAAAUUAAAAUCAGGGCAAGAAAAGUUAGGGCUUAAUUAAGUUGUGCAAAAUAUCUAAGCUUAAAAUCUAUGUAAAAUAUCUAAGUUUAAAAGACAGAAUAAGAUAAUAAUAAGAAUACUAAACUUGGAAUCAGUAGAAUAAUUUAGACAAUGUGGUCACUUAAUUGAAGUACCAGCAUGAGCCGGUCAUGUAGCCUCUUUAACUUCCAUUUUCUCAUAUUUAAAAUAGGAUAAUAACAUUCACCUUUUAUACCUUACACUUCUACAACUGAAAAUAAAACUGUGGCGUGUUAACUAUGCUAGAGACUCCAUGGAAGCAGAUACAUGACUUCUCUAUUUACUAUUCUGUGGCCAGCUGCAAGCACGGUUCCUGGCUCACAGGAAACAGAGAAAUGUUUGCUUCUCAUUACAUGAGAUAGUUCAUUAGAAAUAUCUAAUUCAGUAUAACACUACACAAAUACAAUUACUAUUUUCAAGUGCACCUCUAGUGAGACUCAACAGCAGUAAUUUUCUGUGCAAAUGAAAGAAAAUUAAGUUCUCAAGGAAUCUCAUGGGGUUUGUAAAAUCAAUAAAUGCUUCCUAACAGGGCUAGCAGAGAGGACAAUAAAUAAAAGUGCUUUAUCUAGUUCUUUUCCUAACAGCCCUAUGUUUGGUUUCACUGAGUAACUCAGGAUGUAUUUAUAGAAUACAUGGAGAAGCACCCUUUGACAGGAUCCCAGGAAAAAAAUUGCAUUUCUUUCCUACAGCUUCCCUUCUUCAACUACUGUGAAUAUAAUUUAUAAACAUGAUUGGCAAACACCUCAGCUGAGGAGUCUGUUAAAACACAGAGAUGUCCAAACACAAAGACUGAUGGCACUUGGUCAGAAGGCUUAAGAGACACAGAGACCUGUGUUUUUAACAAACACCUUCACAUCAUUCUGAUACAAGUACUCUAACACAUUUCGAGAAACAUUACUUUAUGCCUUACUCUCUAUGCGGCUCUGGGUAAGUAAUUAAGUCUCUUUAAAACUCAGCUUUUUCGUCUAUGAAAUGAGUUUGAUAUCAGUACCUUACUCAUAAGGUGAUUAUGAGGAUCAUUUCAUACAGUUACACAAAGUAGUGCUCAGAGUACUAAGCAUGUAAUAAAUACUAAAUAAAUGUGCUGCUUUUAUAUCUUGUGUGCUAACACCCAAAGGCACUUGAAUCUUUACCUUGUUUUAGACUAUCAAUAAAUAAGCAGACUUCGAAGGCUGAAGAAAAAUAACAGAAAUACCUCAGAUUUUGUUUACUAUUUCAAAUGUCCAGAGAUCUUGGAUUUAGGGUGAUGGUGUCAUUAUUUUCUUAUUUUUAAUUGUUUAUUUAGAGAAACCGAAUAGGAGCUGAUAAUUCAGAAAACUAUCUAAAGAUGACCCAUAUCUCUGGACUUUAUUGUUUCAUCUCCCCCAAAUGGAAAAGCAUAUAUUCAUGCAUCACCGUGGCACACAUAGACUUAGAAGAACAAUGUCUGAGUGCAUGGCAAAAACACAAUUAAAAAGUGAAAAUGAUUCAAACUGUGCCUACAAAGAUUCUUUAUUCUGGCGCUCAUAUCUAAAGCAUCUGACACACGAAAUCAGAAUAACACAGAUGUUAAUAGCGCACAUUCUGUGAUCAGACAACCUAGUAUCAGAAUUAUCUUUUUAAGAGAUGAGGUCUCACUAUGUUGCCCAGGCUGUUCCUUGAACUUCUGGGCUAAAGCAAUCCUUCUGCCUCAGCCUGAGAUUAUAAGCAUAUUACCACUAUACCCCACCAGACAGACCACUUAUUUUCAAAUAAUAAGUCAGUCUUCCACCUACUAUCUAAGUGAAUGUCAGCAAAAUCUGAAUUCUCUGUGCCUCAAUUUACAAUUAUGUUGCAGGUAUACCUCAAAGACAUUGUAGGUUCCAGACAUGCCAAUAAAGGAAAUAUUGCAGUAAAGUGAAUCACACUAAUUUUUUGGUUCUCCAGUGCAUAUUAAAGUUAUGUUUACACUAUGCUGUAGUCUAUUAAGUGUGAAAUAACAUU